AUGAUCCAAUUAGAACAAAUAUUAACUGAAUCAGUUAGUUUACAAAUUUUUUACUUUUUAUUAGGAAAUAUGUAUUGGAUUGAUCCUUCUUAUGAUGUAAUAGAAGUUGCACAUUUGAAUGGAAGUAAUAGAUUUGUUGUUAUUUCUGGGAACAUGGAUAAACCAAAAGCAAUAGUAGUACAUCCAUUCCAAGGAUUUCUUUUCUGGAGUGAUUGGGGAAUUUCACCAAAAAUUGAAAGAGCCAGAUUAGAUGGCUCUGAUCGAAAAGCAAUAAUUUCAUCAUCCAUUCAAAUGGUUAAUGACCUGGCAAUAGAUUAUGAUUUGGAUAAAUUAUAUUGGUGUGAUACACAAAUGAAUGUCAUUGAACAAUCUGAUUUGGAUGGAACUCACAGAAAAGUUGUGAUAAAAAGUGCUUCGUUGACAAGUCCACUUUCUUUGACAGUUUAUGGAGAAUACAUGUAUUGGAUUGAUACAAUGCAAGGAUCUAUAUUGAGAAUGAAUAAAAGUGAUACCAAUAGUACAAUUGUCAUGAGGAAGAAUCUUGGUGAUUCCUUAAAAGAUAUACAAAUAUUUCAUAAAAGAAAAAUGAAAGGAAACAAAGGAGAAGUCAAAACAAUGGACAAAACUUGGAUGUUCUGCACCAAAGAGGGCAGUUCCAUCUUCUGGAAAAAUCAUGACUGGUUUUCUGGGAUGAAAAAGGAAUUAUUCUAUAGUUUACUUUCAAAGAGUAAAACAAUAAUGGGAGAAUAUUAUGUUAACCUUUUAGACCAAUUAGACAAAAAAAUUGGAGAAAAGAGACCAGAAUUAGCAAAAAAAAAAUUAUCUUUCAUCAAGACAAUGCACCUGCUCACAGAAGUGAUUUUGCAAUCAGAAAAAUCAAGAAAUUGA